AUUCUUGUUAAAACAAAAAAAAAUGGAGGCUCUACGACGUCGUUUGAGCACAACCGGAGCUCCUCCACUCCACAAGGCGGAGCUCUCCCGACUCACCAUCCCUAACCGAAUCUUCGCGGCGGUUUACGCCUCCGCCGUCGUCACAUUACUCUAUCACCACGCUGUAACACUAGCAUCACUCCUCUUCCACUACUCUACUUCCACUAAGAUCUCCUCCUUGUUCAUUUCCACCGCCUUUCUCAUAUCCGACGUCGUUUUGGCCGUCGUAUGGACCACAACGCAGUCGUUUCGGAUGCGUCCCAUCCACCGUGAGGAGUUCCCGGAGAAAAUUAAUACCCUUCUGAAUGACAAAGAGUGCGAGGAGGAGUUUCCGGCGAUUGACGUGUUCGUGUGUACGGCGGAUCCGUACAAGGAGCCGCCUAUGAACGUGGUCAACACGGUGCUUUCGGUUAUGGCUUACGAUUAUCCGGCGGGGAAGGUUUCGGUUUAUGUUUCCGACGACGGUGGCUCCGCUUUGACCCUCUUUGCUUUCGUGGAGGCUGCUAAGUUUGCUGCUCACUGGUUGCCGUUUUGUAGAGAAAACGACGUCGUUGAUAGGUGUCCCGAGGCCUACUUUGCUUCUGCUAAUCUUUCUUCUUCUUCGGACAUUGAGAGAAUUAAGAUAAUGUAUGAAAGCAUGAAAGUGAGAGUAGAAAAUGUAAUUGAAAUGGGAAAAGUUGGUGAUGAAAACAUUAUUGGAGAAGAAGAACACCAAGCUUUCAACAAAUGGACAGGUGAAUUUACGCGACAAGAUCAUCCCACAGUUAUUCAGGUUAUAUUGCACAAAAGUAAAAAUAAAGAUAUCACAGGUCAUGUAAUGCCGAACCUCAUCUAUGUAGCGAGAGAGAAGAGAAGAACUUCGAUCCACAAUUUCAAAGCCGGUGCCCUCAAUGCCCUAAUUCGAGUAUCAGCCACAAUGACCAACUCCCCAAUAAUUUUGACCCUUGAUUGUGACACCUACUCUAAUGAUCCCCAAACCCCUAUGAGAGUCCUAUGCUACUUUUUAGACCCAAAAAUUGAACCCCAAAUUGGGUACAUUCAAUUUCCUCAACGAUUUCAUGGGAUCAACAAGAGUGACACUUAUGCUUGUGAGUUCAAAAGAUUGUUCACCAUCAAUCCUUUUGGAAUGGAUGGGCUUUUGGGCCCAAAUUAUGUGGGAACUGGAUGCUUCUUCAAAAGACGGGCUUUCUUUGGGGGCCCAUCAAAUUUAGUUUUGCCAGAGAUGAUUGAAAUAGGCCCAGAUAAUGUUGUCAACAAGUCUAUUCAAUCUAAACAAGUAUUGGAUAUGGCCCACUUUGUUGCUGGUUGCAAUUAUGAGUACCAAACCCAAUGGGGUUAUAAGGUUGGUGUAAGAUAUGGAUCAUUAGUAGAGGACUUCUUCACUAGUUAUCAUCUACAAUGUGAGGGUUGGAAAGGAAUUUUCUGCAAUCCAAAAAGAGCAGCCUUCUAUGGAGAUUCCCCUAUUACCCUAAUUGAUGUGCUGACUCAGCAUAAACGAUGGGCCAUAGGCCUACUUGAGGUCCUUUUCUCUAAAUAUUGUCCCAUUAUCUUUGGAACAAGGUUUAUGGGCCUUAUUAUGGGCUUCGCAUACAGCCAUAAUUCAUUGUGGCCCAUUUGGUCCAUUCCUGGUGUCAUAUAUGCAUUUCUACCUCAACUAGCUCUCAUCAAUGGAGUCUCUGUUUUCCCAAAGGUUUCCGAGCCAUUGUUUAUUUUGUAUAUAUUUCUUUUCAUGGGAGCCUAUGGUCAAGACCUAUUAGACUUUAUCAUAGAUGAAGGAACAUUCCAAAGAUGGUGGAAUGAUCAAAGAAUGUGGAUGAUAAAGACUCUCACUUGUUUUCUAUUUGGUUCAAUUGAAUACUCAUUGAAAUCCUUAGGCAUUUCCUCACACAAUUUCAAUGUCACGAGCAAAGUAAUUGAUUUUGAACAGAGCAAAAGGUAUGAACAAGGAGUCUUUGAGUUUGGGCUCCAUUCUCCCAUGUUCGUGACCUUAACAAUGGCUGCAAUGACCAACUUGGUUGCGCUGGUUUGGGGGCUGAAACUUACAUUUUUGGGGGACAAAAGUGCCUUUGAUGAACUUUUCAUGCAAGUGAUCAUAGCAGCUUUUGUGGUGGUGAAUUGCAAACCUAUUUAUGGUGCCAUACUUUUGAGGAGUAGUAGUAAAGGAGGUAUUCCUACCAAAACCACUUUGCUUUCCAUGCUUUUAGCCUCUUCUUUCUUUCUAUUAGCUUUUUUUAGUUUCACAAUCUAAUAAAAAGUUAGGAGAUACUCUGGUGCACCCCCCAAAAAGGGUAUGUUGGUGCAUCUCUUUGGUGUUUUUGGUUUGGGAAGUAUUUUUAGGGAAUUUUUUUUAUGAUUGUAUGCAUUGUAGUUAUUUAGAGUAUUCUGUAAUUUUCAAAAAAUUCUGAAUAAUUUACUGUGCCGAAAAUAAGGUUCAAACAGAUUAUUUUUCACUCGCAUAAAAAAAACAGUAAGGGAUGCAACAAACUAUUUGAACUU